AUGCCCAAAACUACCGUCUGCAGAUGGCUUCCCAAGGACCCGGCAGUCGUCGACGCAUUCGUGAGCGACUUGCUUGAGCGAAGUUGUCUUAUCCAUGGGCGCGACCCUAAAACUCGCGUGCGUUUCGCCAAUGUCGGGGAGAACCUGGAGACAGAAAUAAGCAAAGCCGGCAUGAGGUUUGACAUGAACCGCCUGCGGUGUUACUACGGCUCCAUCACCGUCGACCAGCCGCAAAUUUGCACCGUCGGUGCAUUGCACCCUAUAGUCCAGGAGUUCCAAGAUUACGUUGAGAGGGAGGGCGUGAUGUUCCAGCAAGCUCCCCCGCCUCAGAGCCCGGGUCAAGAAAAGAUCGAGGACUACGUAGACUUAAUGGAGAUGAUCGACACGAUCCUCACGACAGCGCCCACCCAUGGCGAGGACAGUGCGAGCCAAAUGGCGGCUUCUGUUCCCCUUUACGCCAUCAUUUCGCGUUUCUGCAACACUCCUGGAGGUUCUAGCGUAUUCACCCACCCUGGAGUCAAUGAGAGAUUCGGGAGGGUGUUCUUGGCAUGGAACGUGCACCUCACGUCAUCGGCGUCCAAGAACGUCAUUCACGAUGGAGAGGGCGGCUGGCUCAGCACCGCAGCGCCUAAUGCCAUGGUCGUGCACGCUGGUGGGAACCCUGAGCAGCAAGCGUUUGACGACUUCUAUAUUUGCGAUACCAGCGAUCCUCACUACGGUUUUAACUCCUAUGACGACCUCUUCGUCAGGGAGCUGAAACCCAUCCACCGUGCCGUUGUUUAUCCUGACAAUCCGGCGAUCAUCAACUCUGCAUGCACGUCUACCAUCUACCAGCUUUACUACGACCUCAAGAAGACAGACGACUUCUGGAUCAAGGAAACCCCGUACUCCCUCAACCACAUGCUCGGAGAGGAUGAUCUUGUUGACACGUUCGUCGGCAGGACUAUUAUCCAGGCGAUGCUUGCAUCUCUCGACUAUCACCGUUGGCGCAGUCCUGUCAACGGUACUGUUGUGAAGACACGCAUCAUUUCGGGCCUGAUGCAUCAUAGCCCACCACCAACCUUCUACGCUGGCUGCUUGGAUGAUGACCAUGAAGAUUUCGACGUCAUUACCCGCUCACAGGACUUUGUUACUGCCAUAUCUACUCGUGCUUUGAUCUUCAUCCAAGCCGAGGAGCUCGUUGGCUUGAUAUGCUUCGUGGGCGUUGGCUUAUGCGAAGUGUCGACUUGCGAAAUUACCGCCAAAAGGGGUCAGGUGCUCAAGAAGGGAGACGAGUUGGGCAUGUUCCACUUCGGAGGAUCCACCCACUGCCUCGUCUUUCGCGGUGGCCUGACUGUGACGCCAAUCAUGCAGCCAGGCAAGGACGACGACGGUAACGACAUCGAAGUGCCGUUGGUCGGAUCGAAGGUGCAAGUUGGCAAAGAUAUCCUCACCUUAGGGUAA